AUGCCAAAAGGUCUCACGCCACCACUCUGUGUGUACCGCUGCUGCACUCCGGCAACGUACUUGGUGAUGUACUCGAUCGUAACGGGGUCCUCGAGGUUGAGCCUGUGGGACUGGGCCUCUAACCGGGCCUUGUCGACGAGGAUGCGGGCGUCGGCGUUGAGGCCGGCAAAGGCGAGGCAAACGUGCGUGUCGAUGAGGCCGAUCUUGGAGGGGGUAAUGCGGGUGUCUUGGAGCUUCAUGGCUGAGCGCUUCUCGCAGCCGAGGACGACGACAUCUUGGCCUUUGACGCCUACGGCGCAGGUUCCUCGCUUGACGGCCUCGCCGGCGUAUUCGACUUGGAAGACGUGGCCGUCGGGACUGGGGAGGGGGGAUUUCUGGGGGUUUGGAUGUUAA